CCCAAGUGUUAUAAGCAAGUUCACACGAAAGUACGAAAGUCUAUAAGAGUUUCUGCGGCUGUCGCAGUUACUUCCUAUAGUAUAUACCAUAACGGCGUGUAAUAAUUACUUUGUUUAGGCAACUGUUAGUAGUAGUAAUAGCAGCAAGUAGCAAACGGUGCUUGAUGAUUAAAUCGUCUCUAAUUGAUAAAUUCAUCAGUGAUAUACCGUAUACGUGUAAACUGUCUAUACCUGAGAGCGUAUCCGAUUACCUCGCCAACGUAUGCUUAAUAGUGAUAAUAUCAUUUUGAGAAAUUUCACGGAUCUUUUUAUACUGCCGCCAAGGUGGUGGUGUUAUAUUUAAGAGUAUGCAAUCGACUAUCGGAAAUACAGGCAGUCCUGGACGUACAGCUUGCUGCGAUCGUGAUCGUGAAAGACGCAUUAAUGAUGAUAAUGAGAGAAACGAUAGAAAUUCGAGCAAUUCCAAUUCGAUACAACAAUGUAACUCUUCUGCCCAGCCAUUAUCACUUGCACUUGAGGAUAGAGAACUUUGGACCAGGUUUCAGUGCAUUACCAACGAGAUGAUUGUUACAAAAAAUGGAAGGCGGAUGUUUCCUGUAGUGAAGGUAAUAGCAAGAGGACUUGAACCGACGGCUAUGUACACCUUGCUGUUGGAAUUUGUACAAAUUGACCCACAUAGAUGGAAAUAUGUAAAUGGGGAAUGGGUACCUGGUGGAAAAGCCGAGGUAGCACCACCAAAUCCCAUUUAUAUUCAUCCAGAGAGUCCAAAUUUUGGUGCACAUUGGAUGAAAGAAGCUGUAUCAUUUGCUAAAGUGAAAUUGACUAAUAAAUCUAACGGAAAUGGUCAGAUUAUGCUAAACUCGCUACAUAAAUAUGAGCCGCGAGUUCACCUAGUUCGAGUUGGUGCCGAAGAACAAAGAACGGUUCUUACCUAUAGAUUUCCAGAAACACAAUUUAUUGCUGUGACGGCCUAUCAAAAUGAAGAAGUAACUACUUUAAAAAUUAAAUAUAACCCAUUCGCUAAAGCAUUUUUGGAUGCGAAGGAAAGACCGAGCGAUACUCAGUCAUAUCCCCAAUGGGCUUAUUCAAUAUGCUUUAGGUGGCCCAUUGAUAGAAAUCGUGUAGAUCUCAUAGGCAAAGAGUUAUUCGCGAUGAAACGCAAUGAGAAUAAUUGAGAAAUAUAUUAUUGUUUAAAACUAUUGACGCAAGAGGAGUUCAUUGAGUUUCAGAAAUUGGUUUUAAAAUGCAGAUUCUGAAUUGAUAAAUAAAAAUAUCUUGAUAAACUAAUGUCACGUCAUCAUAGGAUUUAAAUACGAAUUUCACUGAACUACUUGCACCGGGUGAGAUUUGACUAGUAGAUGUACAAGGAGAGUUCUGGCUCAAGAUUCCUGCAGCGAUACGUUACCGACCUCUGGGUUUGCGUCCGUGCUUAGUUAGCGAUGUUGGCGCCCCCUGUGGAUAGUAAGUUAGGGCGAUUGGGCCCCCUAUGAAAGAUUUCUGCUUACCGACGCCUCCGGAAUUUUGAAGAGGGUGCCGCGCGCACAAGUCGAUGGCGCCAACCCCCUUCAUCGGCUAAUGUCAUCGGAAGGGGGCCUUGGUUUUACGUCAGCUUUCAGGCGUUUUACGGCAGAUUUCAGAAGUUUUACAUCAGACGUAAUUGAGUACAUUCUAGAUCCUUCUAUUGCAACCCCACCUUAGUCUCAUCCCUGACACAUUGACCUCGCACGUGGAAGCGGUGGAUUUCAAAGGAGAUGAUCGGCAACGUUACCGAAUUUUGUACUUGCGAUCCUCUGGCAGCUGCUAC